GAUUUGGUAUGUGAUCGAAAAUAUUGGGUUGAUUUGACAAGUAUGGCAUUUUAUAUUGGUAGUUUCAUUGGUAAUGUUUUAUUUGGAUAUAUUGCUGAUAAAUUUGGACGCCGGAUAUCAUUUUUCAUGAUCCUUGCAACACUUGUAAUGUGUGGUACAAUGAAUGCAUUUGCAUGGGAUACAUAUUCAUUUACGGUUUUACGAUUUCUUACCGGAUUAGCAUUUCCGGCACUUUUUCAAUUACCCUUUAUUUUAAGUAUGGAAUUUAUGGGUGAAUCGGGUCGAAUAUUUACCAGUAUUGUACUCGAUAUAUUCUUUGGUAUAGCAAUGGUUUUACUUGGUGUUUUAGCUAUGCUUAUUCGUCGAUGGCGACAAUUAAUUUUCUUUAGCAAUGCACCUUUUGUUAUUUUAUUUUUUUAUUAUUUGUAA